AUGCACCAACAAUCUUCCUCCCCGCCAGAAAACAUACAACCACCGACUUCAGCAGCCACCCCCGACCAUGGAAGUCUGAGCAUAUCCCAGGACACCCACCCUGUUCUUUCCUCCAAUCUUGAUCCUCCCAAUGAAGAGUCAAAGUAUACGCCUGGGCUUUGGUCAUCCGGAGGCAGCACAACGGUCUCCCUCUCUAGCAAUCAAAUUGGAGAAAGCACAACAGUUGGCUCGGUUCUCACCCGCCACUUUCGAGCCAAUAUUGACACUAAGCAUACUGAUAUAGUCCUCAUAAUAUGUGGAUUUGUUGGUGGCCUGGUUGAUGGGUUGUCAUUCAAUGCAUGGGGAAGCUUCUCGAGUAUGCAAACAGGGAACACUGUUUUCCUAGCUCUAGGUCCUUCCGGCCAGCCUGCUUAUCCGGCAUACCUCUGGGCCAAGUCUCUCAUCGCUCUCAGCGUUUUUAUUGCCAGCAAUGUUUUCUUCAUUCACCUCCAUCGGAUACUAAGCCCACGACGCCGUUCAACAAUGAUUGUCUCGUUCACCAUUCAGACUUUGGCUCUCCUGGUGACAGCAAUCUUAAUUCAGCUUGGUGUCAUCUCCCCAAAGCCGGAAGACCCUCGUGCCCCAAUUGAAUGGAUGCAAGUUCUCCCGAUUUCCCUUUUAGCUUUCCAAGCUGGAGGACAGAUAUGUGCCUCCCGCAUUCUUGCGAUAGAUGAGAUCCCAACAGUGGUAUUGACAACGCUUUUAUGCGAUUUACUUGUCGACCCGAAGCUUACCGCAAAAUUCAACCCGAAACGAAAUCGAAGAAUAGGGGCUUUUCUGGCUUUAUUUCUUGGUGCAAUGACUGCAGGGGGUCUUUCAAAAGUCACCGGUAUGGCUUCAAGUAUAUGGUUUGCUAUGGGCUUGAAGCUAGCAAUCACAUUGGGAUGGGUUGUUUGGAAGCCAGAGGGAAGGAUGAAGAGAAACAUGGAUGUUUGA